CCUACUCUCCACAGAUACAUUUUUAGAGAGAGAUGGCUUUGUAUUUGUUGCUUCAGAUCUUCUGGCUAGCAACAACGCUAGAAGGAUUAGCAUCACAACCUCAAGUAACAACCAAGCCCGGCUGCCCCGACAAAUGUGGGAAUGUUGAAAUUCCCUACCCGUUUGGUAUCGGCGAUAGCUGCAACAUUGGCGUGGGAGGCUUCAAUAUCACCUGCAACGACAGUGCUUAUGACCCUCCGAAACCGUUUAAAGGCGGGCUUGAGGUUCUCGACAUAUCAUUAGUCUCCGGGCUAAUGAGGAUUUCAGGCUAUGUAUGUUGGCAGUGUUUCAACGAGACAGGAGGAGUGGUUUCCACCUCCAGGAGACGGCUCAACUUGAACAGUAGUUCGUCAUUCACGUUCUCUGAAACUCAUAACAAAUUCGUGGCCAUCGGUUGUGAUACCCAUGCCUACAUCAUUGGCUCAUUGGGCCGUAACUUCACAAGUGGUUGUAUGUCAUUUUGCAGCGACACUUACAGCAUGAUUGAUGGCGAUUGCUCCGGUAUAGGAUGUUGCCAAACCUCUAUCCCAAAGGCUUUCAAGAGAUACGAGGUGGAUUUUGAUAGCAACACUCAACAUCAAAAUGUCUUGAGUUUCAAUCCGUGCAGCUUCGCCUUUCUGGUGGAUCAAAAUGCCUUCAGCUUCAAAGCAUCAGAUCUGAACAGAUUGAAUAGAAGCCAAACCAUGCCGGUAGUGCUUGACUGGGGCAUUGGAAAUGAAUCAUGUGAGAUUGCACGGAAGGACGCGACCACCUUCGCUUGCGUGAGUGAGCAUAGCACCUGCUAUGACUCCACUAAUGGUGAGGGUUACCGGUGCAAUUGCUCUAAAGGUUACCAAGGAAAUCCUUAUCUCAGUGGAGGGUGCCAAGAUAUCAACGAGUGUGAGGAGAAUCACGAGAAGAAACUUUGUGAACAUAAUUGCAUAAAUUUGCCGGGAAGUUAUUAUUGUUCCUGUCAAAAGGGCUACAAAGUACUCCAGGAUGAUGAAAGAUACUGCACCAAAAAUAAAAGUGUGGUAUUCGCUGUUCUUAUGGGUGUAGGUAUUGGUGUAAGUCUCUUGCUUUUACUUAUUGGUGGUUUUUGGUCGUAUUGGGCAAGGAGGAAAAGAAGGCUCAUCAAACAAAAAGAAAAAUUCUUUCAACAAAAUGGAGGUUUUCUAUUAGAAGAAAAGCGUCAAUCAUUUGCUGAGACAUUCAAAAUUUUUACAAGAGAAGAGUUACAAAUGGCAACCAAUAACUAUGACAAAAGCCAAAUCGUCGGUCAGGGCGGUUUUGGUACAGUUUACAAAGGAAUAUUACGUAACAAUAAGAUGGUUGCUGUUAAAAAGUCCAAAAUAGUGGAUAAGACCCAAAUUGAGCAGUUUAUAAAUGAGGUCCACAUCUUGUCGCAGAUCAGCCACAGAAAUAUUGUUAAGCUCUUGGGUUGCUGUUUAGAAGAAGAAGUUCCAAUCCUGGUGUAUGAAUUUAUUUCCAAUGGAACCCUCUCCGAGCAUAUCCAUGGCGACGGCUUUGCAUCGUCACUUUCCUUAGAAAACCGUCUAAGGAUUGCUACAGAAACUGCAGGGGCACUUUACUAUUUACACUCCAUAGCUUCUGCUCCCAUCUUUCAUAGAGAUGUGAAGUCCGCCAAUGUACUUUUGGAUAAUAAUUUCACAGCGAAAGUGUCUGAUUUUGGAGCUUCAAGAUUGGUUCGGCUGGAUCAAACUCAAGUAACGACAUUGGUGAUGGGGACAUGGGGAUACUUAGAUCCAGAGUAUCAUCAAACAGGCCAAUUAACAGCAAAGAGCGAUGUAUAUGGCUUUGGCAUGAUUCUUUUGGAGCUCUUGACGGGUGAGAGGCCCAUUUCUUCCACUAGAUCUGAAGAAUAUAAAAGCCUUUCCAGGUACUUCCUCUCAUCGAUGAAAGAGAAUCGGCUAUUUGAAAUUUUAGAGGACCGAGUUCGAGAUGAAGGGGGAGAAGAAGAGCUCAUGGCAGUUGCUCAGCUUGCUAAGAGAUGCCUAAAACAUAAGGGGGAAGAACGACCUACAAUGAAGGAAGUGGUAGUGGAGCUGGAGCGGCUAAGGUCCCAUGAACAUCCCUGGGAACCCAACAAUCAUGAAGAGAUUGAGAUCUUGUUAGGUGAAACUUCACAAGGCCAUGCUAGCAAUUCAACAUAUUCAACAUGUGAAUAUAGUGUUGAUAGCCACACGCUAUCAGCAUUAGAGAUCGGACACUAGCGUGCCUUUUUUGUUAAGAAGAUGAGUGUAUUCAUUCCUAUUUGUUUCGAUGGUAAUUCUCUAGCAUAUUAUUUUGUUUCAACAAUUUGGUCAUUUGGCAGUGUGAAAUUCGACACCCAAAACCAACAAAUUCUUACAAAUCCCUCGAAUUCCGCUCUGCCAAACGACCCUUAAAGGGAAUUGAUAUAUUUGUCUGGCUAGAUUGUCUUGAUCAUUCCCACUUUUGUUUCAGGAAUGGAACACUUGUGCUGCUACUCUUCAAUUCCAAAAAUGGAAAAUAAUGUAUGCAAAUCAACUGAUGAGAUUGUAAACAGUGGCUCCCUAUUGUAAUAUGAUAUUUGAAUUUUAAUUAAUGUGAGGAGAUGUGUCUUGGGCA